GCAUUUGAAGGUCCUACUUCUCUCCCAGACCUCUGUUCAGGAUAACAGGCAAGAGACAAUCGCUCGACUGAAAAGGUUUUCGUGCAUGACAACAGGCUCUCACAGAAAAGCCAUUGCUUUUCUCCUAACGGAAGCGCCUUUCAGCAGUGCAAGUGGCAGGUAUAGCCUCGAAGGACUCCUGGCUCUGCAAGUACUGUACGCAAGCUCUUUCUUUUAAAGUUGCGUUUACGUUGAGAACUCGGCUGGAAUGAACCUCAGCUGAUCGGUCCUUUAUCAAAUCCAGCAUGGUUGAAUCCCUACCAGAUCAUUUGCCCACGAUCCCAAUUCCUGACUCGUCUUGCUUCGUGGCCAGCAUUCAGGGAUAUAUAGGCAGUCUUGCGAAUCUACCGCCUUUCUCUCGGCCUUUGACGGACACCGUGUCUUUACUACAUCACAUGAGAGCUCCAUUCUCUCCUUCUCUCCCGGAAGAGGAUGCAAAUGUCCUGAGUGAUCUAUUUCCAUCCUUGAAAUCCUUGAGCCAGGACAUCCGCACGCGGCAAGGGAGGUUCGCGCUAGAUGAAUACCUGGGGGUUCAACUGGGGACGGACAUUGCUCAGUUCUGGACGGAGGAUUACGUUUAUGAGUAAAUUCUCAGGCUUUGCUCUCUACCUGCCUCUCAUCCGAUUUAAUGACCGUAUGAGCCGACAUGACGUAUCCAACGUGUUGAGAGUUGCAGAAGCGGUAUCUAUAGGAAUGCUUGAGUGAAGGGAAAUAUAUAACUUAUUUGACCAGUGUAGAAGAUCAACACCUUAGCCACAAUAACCAGACCAAUUCCAAUAUAAUUUUUUUUUCUCUUUCCCUGAAAGAAAUGCCCAAUGAGUCCCCAUUAUGCAAUCUCAUCCAAAGUGAAGGCAGAAGCUUUAAUUAAAUGCAGCAGUGACGUAGGAGGAGGUUGAUCACGAAGAUUCUCCCUUGGGCAGCCUGAGGCCAAGAAAUAAUAUCGCUAGGCAUCGUAAUACUCGGAUUGUGCUCCAGUUCCUAAUUUGGAGACAAUGGCAUUUUUAGCGCCAGGGACCACGAAU